UGGAGCAUCGCAGCAUCAACCCUCACUCGCGUGAUGCUGGGGCAGCGGCUGGCCAGCGCUUCCCCUGGCACGGAGGGUUUGCUCCGGACGGCAUCGGGGUCCGGCCGAGCUUGGCUCCGUCCUGGCAGCCUGGACCUUCCCACGACCUAGCUCCUAUUUCAGGGCUUGUCCGUCUAUUUAAAGCGCACGAAGAAGGGGAAAAAUGCGCUGGAAAUGUAGUGCGCGCAUGAGACACCGCGCCAAAUAUUCAGUUUCUUUUAGAAGCUGAUAGCGAGGGAUCCCACGGCUUUUUAUUUUUGUUUUGGUUUGGUUUUUUUCCCCUUUUAGCAAUACAUGCUUGAAAACUAUCAGGCCCUAUUAGGGAUUAGAAAAAUCAUCUGCUGGGUUGAGCGAGUAGAUCAAGCCCUUGAAAGCAACAACAACCGAAAAAAAAAAAAAAAAAGCAGGAACCCGGCUAGUUUCUCCUGCAGAAAAGCGGCACCGGCCGAAGCGCGGCGAGCUGAAGCUGUAGGAUGGGAGCGAGGAGCCCGCUGCGCCGGGGGGAAGGGGAAGACAGCGAGGCGAGAGCCUGGGCCGCCAACAACAACCGGCGAGCCAGACCACACUACAGGAAGCCGUAGCCUCCGGUGAUAAAUAGGAGACCCGGGAGCACAGGAUGCGCGCAGGGUGAGCUCGGCGGGACGAGGGGAUGUGAGCCGGUGGCUGACGAGUCCCUCCAUCCGUCCUUCUGUCCGUCCAGCCGGCAGGAUGGCCGUGGCCUGGCUGCUGCUGCUGCUGCUGCUGCUGCUGGUGAUGGGGUCCGGCGGGGAGGACGCCGAGGUGGUCUGUGCUGGCACCGCCUGCUACAGCCUGCACCGGGCCGAGCUGGACUGGGGCGGUGCCCAGGAACGCUGCCAGAACAACGGCGGCAACCUGGCCCCGGCCCGCAGUCCCGCCGAGGCUGAGCGGCUGCGGGAGCUGCUGGCGGCGGCCGGCAGGCCGGGCCCGGCCUGGAUCGGGCUGUCGCUGUCGCGGGGCCGGUGCGUCCAGCCGCAGGAACCGCUGCGGGGCUUCGCCUGGGCGGCCGGCGGGGAGCCCGGUAACUACUCGGCCUGGCUGUACGAGCCCACCAUCACCUGCCUCAGCUCCCGCUGCGUCAGCCUGCGGCCGGCCGGCUCCUCCGGCACCACCGGCUGGGCCGACCGUCCCUGCCGGGCCCAGCUGCCCGCCUUCCUCUGCAAGUUCGUCUUCCAGGGGAUGUGCGGGCCCCUGCCGCUGGCCGGGCCCGGCCGGGUCACCUACACCACCCCCUUCGGGGUGCGCAGCCCCCGGCUGGCGGCCGCCCCCUUCGGCACGCUGGCGGAGGCUGAGUGCGAGGGGGGCGAGGGCCCGGCCUUUGCCCUCUGCAAGGGGCCGCUGGAGGGGGGCGGCUUCGCCUGGCACCCCCCCGGGCCCCUCUGCCCCACCGCCUGCGCCCACCGCAACGGGGGCUGCCAGCACCGCUGCCUGGAGGCGCCCGGGGAGCCCCCGCGCUGCGCCUGCCAUCCCGGCUUCACCCUGGCUCCCGACAUGGCCUCCUGCUUGCCCGAGGACGCCUGCCACCCAAACCCCUGCCAGGGGACCUGCCGCACCGGGCCCGGCGGCUUCGAGUGCAGCUGCGAGGCCGGCUACGCCCUGGCACCCGAUGGCCGCCGCUGCCUGGACGUGGACGAGUGCCUGGCCGGGCCCUGCCAGCACGAGUGCCGCAACACAGUCGGCAGCUUUGUCUGCCUCUGCCGGCCCGGCUACCGGCCGACGGGGCCGGGUGGCCGCCACUGCCGCGACGAGGAUGAGUGCGCCCAGCCCGGCAUCUGCCCACAGCUCUGCCUCAAUGUCCCCGGAUCCUUCCACUGCGCCUGCCAGCCCGGCUACCAGCGCCAGCCCAGCAGCGGCGACGCCUGCCUGGACGUGGACGAGUGCCUGCGGGACCCCUGCCCCGGGCCCUGCCGCAACCUGCCUGGCAGCUUCGAGUGCCUCUGCCCGCCCGGCUUCAUCCUGGAGGAGGAUGGACGCGGCUGCCGCACCGCACCCACCGCUGGAGAGGAGCCCGCGGGGGUCCCCAACAGCACCCCGCGCACCACAGGCAUUCCACAGACCACGGGCGCCCCGCGGACCACAGGCAGCCUCCUGACCACGGGUGCCCCACGGACCACGGGCAUCCCCCAGACUGCGGGCAUCCCCAUCAGGGCGACGCUGCCGGCCCCCACGGCGGUUGGGUCGGCACCCGGCCCCGAGCACAGCGCCGACGGCCCCAGGCUGCUCCUCUACUACAUCCUGGGCAGCCUGGUAGCCAUCCUGCUGCUGCUGGCCUUUGCCCUGGCCCUGCUGGCCUGCAAAAGGAGGGCGGCCAAGCAGGAGAAGCGGCCGGCCAAAAGCGCGGCGGACAACUACUGCUGGGUGCCCGAGCAGCCGGAGAGCCGUGGGGCUGGCGGCGAGCACAGUGGCUGGGAGAAGCAGUGAAUGCAGCAGCCGCAUUCUCGGAAGUCCCGCAGAAAAUUCAUACCCUGUCACAACAACCCAGCAGAGCAUUCCGAAUACAUGAAUUAAUUAAGCAAACGACUAAUCUGACUGAAAUCAGCGGAACAACCUACAUCCAUAAAAUUAUGCCUGCGCUGUCGGGCUAUGCCGACUCAGGGUCUGGACGGGGAAAGGGCAGCUGCAGCGACGUGCCUCGCAUUGUGGGGACUACUCGCUCUGCUUUAUCAAAAGCCGAGGCAUCUUCCAGACGUUAACAGUCUCGGGAGCUUUUCUGCCUUAUUUUUCAGUUAAGAUAUCAAUUAAUUGCUGUGUAUAACACACUUAUUCCACUAUGAAAAAGGGAAAAGGGAGUGUAAGUGCAGGCUCAGAGCUGGUACAAAUCUGAGAGGUGUUAUUUAUUCCAGAAAUUCCUCGGUAAAACCUGAAUUCCUGAUUUCUGUUAUGCCCUUUGUGUGUUCUGGUAUGCGUACUGUAUUACCAAUGGAGUACGGUAGUGGGUCCAGCCCACUAAUUUGUGCCUGGGUUUACUCUGGGUUCUCUCUGGUGGACUAAUUUCCUGACGUAGCAUCCUUCACCCCGGCGCGAUUACACCCGGAUAAUCUCCCGUUCCCCUUUCUUCCUGCCACAAACCCAGCAGGAACAUUUUGAUCCGUGUCCUCGGUAGGGAAUUACCCAGGGCCUGGUGAAUCCCGUGGGCUAAAGCAAAUAGGAGCGGGACCAGAUAGUUUGGUACCCCGUCUCGCAGUCAGAGGAGACGGGACGUUCAUCCCAGCCCACGGGGGUUUUACCGCGGUGCCCGGGGCAGCUACCUCUGCUCCCCGUUCCUUCCGUAUAAACGCGGUGCCAUGCUGAAACCUGUACCUGUCCUGCUGUCGCCACGGCAGGCCGGGCUAGCCCGCAUGUCUGAACUGCUUUGUACGUAUCAACCGGUUUGUAAUGUAGUAAGUGGUCCAGAAUUAAGCCACGCCUCAUCCUUUGAGGAAACGGCACGUCAGGACCGAACUUUAUUUUGUCACCCGCGCGGCAACGGCACGGCACCACAGCCUCGCGAGCUGCCUUCGACUAAAAGACUAAGGUUAUCCCGCACGUUGAAUAACGCUGUAUGUUGCUUUUCUGACGAAACACCAAUAAAAUCUCAACAGAAUGCA